CCACAUUCUGUUCUUCGCAGCCACACAUACAACCUCAAUCAGAAACACACACCAGGAUGUCUCGCAAUAUGUUCCGCUUCACCUUAACAAUUUCAAGCCUCUUGGUUAUAUCACAGCAGUGUGUGGGGGAGUACACCACCCCGGCAGAUGAUGAGGCAGACAAUUCUACCAUUGAUUACGACGAGUAUGAAAAACAGUGUACAAAAACGGAAGUUCGUGAAUUCCGCUCCCUAUUUCUUCCUGUCAUGUUUGUUAUGAUCUUCUUGGUGGGACUUGCAGGGAAUGGACUGGUGAUGCUCAGAUACUUCUACUUUAAACGACUCAAGACUGGAACAGACUAUUACAUGAUGAACCUUGCUAUAGCAGACAUGCUAUUCCUCCUAACACUGCCUUUCUGGGCUUUCAGCGUAGCAUCAAAUUGGGCAUUCGGAAACAAGAUGUGCAAAAUCAUCUACUGUCUGUACAAAAUGAGCUUCUUUAGUGGCAUGUUCCUGUUAAUGUGUGUGAGCUUUGAAAGAUACUUUGCCAUCGUUCAUUCACCCUCUGCUCAUCGUCACAGAACCAAGACCGUGUUGAUAAGUAAGCUAUCUUGCGUUGGCAUUUGGGUGGUAGCCUUCAUCCUUUCCAUUCCUGAGUUGAUCUACAGUGGAAUAAUAGAGAGAAAUAAUUUAACAAAGUGUGUGAUAUUAUCCGAAGAAAUCAAUAGCCUCACUAUACAGUUGAAAAUAGCUCAGAUGUUCUUCGGCUUUAUUUUGCCUCUGUUUAUCAUGUCCUUUUGCUACUCUAUGAUAAUCAAUAGGCUGCUCCAGGCUCGUAACUUUGAGAAAUACAAAGCCAUCAAAGUCAUCAUUGCCAUCGUCAUUGUUUUUGUAAUCUUUCAGCUACCUUAUAAUAGCGUAAUAGUUAUAAAAACCAUCAGCAACACCACCGACUGCAACUUAAGCAAACGGCUGGAUAUUGCCGAUGACGUUACGUACACCUUGGCCUGCUUCCGCUGCUGUCUGAACCCUUUUCUCUAUGUUAUUAUUGGAAUCAAGUUCAGGAAUGACCUUUGCAAACUCUUCAAGGACAUUGGUUGCAUGAGCCAAGAGAAGCUCAGUGAAUGGUCAACAGCAGUAAAACCAAGCAAGAGAACUUCCUUUGCACUGGAAACAACUGAGACAUCGACUACAUAUUCUCCAUGAAAACAAAACUCAGCAAUAUUAACAUAUUCCUUAUUCCUCACUGCUUUUGUGAUAUGAAAAAUGCUGACAGAGAAAAAUCUAGGCAAAAUUAAGCAAUGGAUUUUAUCAAAGCUCUUUUGCUUUUUGGAACGUUUAAAUAAAGUGGAGAGAAUGAUUACAUGUCAUACAUUUCAGGCUUCAUCUUUUAAACCAUGCAUAUUGAAGGAAACAUGUUUUGAGAAGUCAAGAAACCCUAUGGCAUUGUCAUCAUUAGUAUUAUAUGAUCGCCAACGCACCUAAGCGUCAAGAUUCAAAACAGAAAGCCUGGACUUAAUCUAAUGGACGAAAUGCAAAUUACUUUUACAUUUUCAUUGUCUCCGAGAAGCUCUUAAAACCUUUAAACUCUGAUUGAGUUGUGUCCAGGUCAAGUGAGAAUCCUGCUUAUCACCAGAGCAUGAACCCAGGUGUUGUGAGGAAUGAAAGAUUUACGAUUUUUAACUAAGAGUGUAAUCUAGUUACAUGUUUUGAAAUAUGAACCAUGCAAGGGAAAUGUACAGAUUUCAAACUGGUUUGCAAUUCACCUUUGUAAAGAAACACACGUAUACAUGACCUGUGUUACUCAGGCAGUGCUCCAGAUUAUUUAAGAGUUACUGGCUAACAAAAAAAUAUGGCUAUGGGAUAAUGUCCUAUAAAGUAAAAAAAAAAGCCCAACUGUGUUAUGUUUUUAUCAAGGCUCAACAUUUCCACUUGCCACCAGAGUAGGGUUACCCUUUAGGCAAACAUAGACGGCCAUCUAUGGGUUAGACAGGGGCCAUAUAACCACAAAUUUGUUUGUCCCCAUUAACCAUACCUAUGUGAUGAGUUUAAGAGAGGGAGGCAAACUAAUGACCUGCUUGGGCCCUGUGGGAUCUUAACCCUUCUCUGCUCACCAUUAGCCAUUGACAAGUGAAAAAUUUGCCAUAGUGAGUAUGAAUUCAUCUAGGAUGAGUUUGGCAUGGAUUCUACAGGCGUGCAGGGGUGAUAAACCUUUAAAGCCUGCCUAGUAUUGUAGGACAUGAUAUAUGAGUUUUGACUUCUAAAUAUUCUGUGCCAAUGUUGCCAACGCACAUUUCCAAACAACUAGCUUUUGGAAUACAGUAUGUGCUAUCUCUGUGUCAUUAUCCAAUUAUGUUCAGGAAGUUGUAUGUUCUAUAACUCACUAUAGAUGUGAUUUUUCUAUAGUUGUUAAGG